AUGAAGGGCCUUGCUCACGCCCUUGCGCUUGUCGCGCUUCUUGCACCCUCUAAGGCUGCCCUUCGAUUUGGAUGCAGUACCGUAACCAUCCAACGUCUCGAUCCCGUCGUGGAGCCUGGAAACACCCCCUCAGCACAUCUUCAUCAGGUUGUUGGGGGAAAUGCCUUCGGCCCCGUUAUGAAUGGCGACAUUGGCGAACAAGGUUCCUGCACAACAUGUACCUUCUCUGAGGACUUUUCCAACUAUUGGACUGCUGUGCUAUUCUUCAAGCAUCAGAAUGGCUCGUAUAAGCGUGUACCAAUUAUGGAGAAUGCUGCAUUGCCUGCUGGUAUUAAUGGUGGAAUGACCAUCUAUUAUACGCAGCAAGAUUUUAACACGAAUGGGAAACAACACAUCACCGCCUUCAAACCAGGCUUCCGUAUGACCGUUGGUAGCCCGAUGCAGGGCGCAGAUGGCCUGACCAAGCACAAAGGACUUCGAUUUACCUGCCUAGAAAAUAAAAACACGAGAUUUCCCGAGAUCUCGGACUUCCCUAAACAAGCAUGCAAAGGAGGCCUUAUGACCGAACACCACUUUCCUGCAUGCUGGGAUGGCAAGAACCUUGAUAGCCCCGACCACCAAUCUCAUAUGUAUGACACGCAACCAACGGGGUUCGCAGCUGGUGCCGCAUGCCCAUCUACUCAUCCCGUCCGCAUGCCACAACUAGCCUACGAAACUCUUUGGGACACAACCCAGUUUACCAGUAUGUGGCCUAAGGAUGGGUCAAAUCCUUUGGUCUUCAGCUUUGGUGACACUGAGGGGCAUGCCUAUGGUACCCACGCUGAUUACAUGUUUGGCUGGAAAGGCGAUUCGCUUCAGCGUGCCAUGAAUUCUUCUUGCAUGUUCACGGCCUGCGAAAAUGGAAAGCCCCUCAAGUCUCAGUCUGUCGCCGAGAUGAACAAGUGCAGCGCAAAGAACGUAGUCAAUGAAAACAUUGACGGAUGGCUCGAUGCACUUCCUGGUCGCCCCAAGGGUACUUAA